ACCAUUUUUAGCCAUACAUCCAUGAUUACAUUUGCCAACAGAAAAGAUGUUUACUGCAUAUUUCACAAUCAAAACAUUGUUACAAAUGUUGUGUUAGUGUAAAUGUUGGAAGAGGUUGCAGUGAUACUACAAGUGAAAAGUCAGUUUUAUUACAUUCAGUUCAACACUGAAUAUGGCUAAUUUUAUGAUCAGAGACAGGGUGUUUUGAGUUUUUGUGUGCUUAUGAAAAGCACUGGCACAGAAAAAAUGUGGAGGGGUGGGGAAAAUGGCAGCCUCGUGCCCUUGCCGUUUGUGAUUGGCUGAAGCCAUAGGGAAGAGGAGGGGCCUCUUUGCCACUGUUUCUGUAGAGAGGGAGGCAGGGGAAAGAGGCGAGAGAGAGCAAAGGAAGAUAAAUGAGCAGAGAGGGGUUCUCCCAGCAUCGGUAUGCCUGCCUACCUCAUUUUUACUUGAUACUUGCUGCUCCUCUGAGUAGACACAAGAGCUGAGGUGUGUAUCUGGAUGUGCAUCAGCCACACUGCGCACUGCCUUCAUCCUCUCCGCUCACGCCAAUCUGUUGUAAUCCAGUUGUGAAGGACCAGACAGAAACUGCAAGCGGAUAUGAAAGAGUCUUGAAAGGCGACUAAAGGAGCAGCAAGAAAGGAGAGGAAAAGAAGAGGAAACAGGAAAGAGAAGCAAGACAGAGGUGGAGUUAGAGGACAGAAUAAAACGGAGGGAAUAUCAAUUUAUGCAUGCAGUGUAUUACAAAAUGUCUUUUACUAGGAGCUGUGUUUGUGACUCUGGACUGUAGACGGAUAAGAAAAAGCUUCAGUCCGUUUUCUGCAGCUGCAGCAGAUGUUGGAGCCAUCUAUGACUUUAUAGGGAGAGGGGACAUUUUAAGCACAGAUUGGAGUUGAGUUCCUUAAAACAAAGUCAAUUUUUUUUCUGUUUGUUUCCUUUUGGUGCCUAGAGUGGGGAGGUUUGCUGUACUGGAAAAACAAUGCACGUUUCUUUUUGUGUGUAAAUAUUUUUUGUGUGGACCCUGGUGAUUUUGUACCGCUGUGUGAAAUCACAACUGUCUGGACUGAGGACAAACCCCGGGAGCUUCCUCACCUUUGUCUGUCCUUUCUAUCCCUCCUGCAUUUGAAAUGGCAGAUGGCGGCAGUCUCAUGAUGGAAUCACAGCAUGGGGCUUUUUAUUUGGAUUGAAAGCAUACAGCUCGUUUCAGUACCAGCCCCCUACCUGACUAAAUAGUCCUUGGGUUCAUUGUAUCCUUGAAGGGCCCCUUAAGACGAGUUUUUCUGCCCAAGAUGAUGAAUUCCUCCCUGGAUCCACUGAACCACAGCUCUACGGACCCGUCGAACCUUUCUGCUCCCUUUUGCCUACUUGAGAUAGGCUACUCCCAAAUUUUUAACACCUGCCUACUUGAAGUGUCUAUCAUACUACUUCUGACUGUUCUGAUUAUUUCAGGAAAUCUGGUGGUGAUUUUUGUGUUUCAUUGUGCUCCCUUACUCAGCCAUCAUACCACCAGUGCUUUCAUCCAGACAAUGGCAUACGCUGAUCUGCUGGUGGGGGUCAGUUGCCUGUUUCCCUCCAUGUCCCUUCUGCAUCACCUCCAAGGCCUGGACCCCAAACUCACCUGCCAGGUGUUCGGGUACAUGGUAUCUGUUUUAAAGUCUGUUUCAAUGGCAUCGUUAGCGUGUGUUAGUGUAGACCGCUAUAUUGCCAUCACACGACCUCUGACUUAUGCAUCAUUAGUAACACCGUGUCGUGUGCGCUGCUGCAUUAUUCUCAUAUGGUUAUACUCUGCCCUGGUGUUUUUACCAUCCUUUCUCGGAUGGGGUAAGCCUGGUUACCAUGGUGAUGUGGUAGAGUGGUGUGCAGUUGAGUGGAGGACUCGUCCGGUUUUCACAACUUUUAUCGUCGCUCUGCUUUAUGCCCCAGCUGCUCUAACUGUCUGCUUCACCUACGCCAAUAUCUUCAAGAUCUGCCGGCAGCACACCAGAGAGAUCAGUGAGCGCCAUGCACGUUACCGACCCCAGCAGCUGCAGGGUCCGGGGUCAACUGUGGGAUCUACAGUGAAGGAGGCCAAUGUAGUGGACCAAGGGCAGUUGCCCCACUUAACCCAGUCACAAAAAUCACAGCACCACCAACCACAUUAUCAGCAGCCCUCAUCAACGUACCCAGACAAGCGAUAUGCUAUGGUACUGUUCCGCAUCACCAGUGUGUUUUAUAUCCUCUGGUUGCCCUACAUCCUCUACUUUCUCUUGGAGAGUGGAGGGAUCUACCAUCACCCAGCAGCUUCAUUUCUCACUACAUGGCUGGCCAUUAGCAACAGUUUCUGUAACUGUCUCAUCUACAGCCUCUCUAACUCAGCAUUCAGAAAGGGCCUCAAACGGCUCUGCUCUUUCUGUUUACAGAGUAGUGGCAGUGGUUUUGGGGUGAGGAACACCAAAAAGGCUUUCGUUGGAUCUGUUGACAGGGGUUGUGGAGGGCCUGGGUAUGGAUACGGCCAUGGAGAUACUGGAAUCAGCACAACAUGUCAUGUGUAGCGAGAACACAGUGAAAUCACUGGGCCAAAUUAGCAUUUGAACUUCUUAAACCAGGUCUGAUGUGGCUGCUGUAAAAUGUCACCUUAAGAUGAAACAUGUGAUAAAGACAGGAGGAGGCAUGAAUCUGCCUCUGCCACUUCUCUUGCAUUUGGAGGGCAUGCAGGAGUCUGCACUCUGCGCAUGUCACAGCUGGCAUUGAAAGAUGAGAAGAAAGGGAGUUGAGAAAAAGCGUGGAAGGAUAAAAAGGCUUAAAUUAGCCUGCAAGCUGUUUACGGAAACCCAGCAUACUGUUUGUGAACAGGUGAUGGAUGGAAGGCGACGUAAAGGAGAGGAAAUAGGUGUCUGACCAUCUCUCCAGAUGUGAAGUCUAGUGAGGUCAAAGUGUUUUUCCCAUCCGUUUUUCUUCAGGAAAGUGAACCUAACUUAUUGCCAAAUCAAAAUAUGAUAUGGACUGAUUAUUAAGAAGAUUACAUUAUUUCAGAAGUGUAUGUGCAGUAUGUGAAACAUGAACUUUAUCUGUUGCCCAUUAUCAGCACGGUAUGUGAUGAAAGCAAAAAUGAAGAAAUAAUUGCAAACACAAGUUAACUGCUGUGUCCUACUAUUGUAGUGCUGAGGUAAACUGCCAAUAUCUGCUUUUUUGGUUUUACAUGCUCUGAUCCCCUUCAUGUUUAUAAAUGUUAAAGGUGAUGCAAAUGAGUGUAUACGUAGUUGGUUAUUUUUGUUGUGAACCGUAUUGACUCAAUGAUUUAUCUCAUCGUAUGAUUGAUGAAUUGAUUUGUCAAGUCAAAAUUUGAAGAGAUGAUGUAGAUGAUCUAGAGCUUGUACACAUUUUAUAGAUUGUUUGGCUGAACGGCUUAUGCUUUGUCAGCAUCUGUUGAUGAUUUUUUAAUUAUUUAUUGAUCCACAUUGUUGUAUGAAACAAGAAAUAUGUCUUCAAGUAAGAAUUUAGUUUACAAAUAUCGCUGUUUGUAAAAUAUGCCAUGAAAUUCUACCCUGUUUUGGUGUACGACUGUUAACCUGACACUAAGAGAAGAUUUGUUUUUGAUCUUUUUUUUCCUGUAAUUUUGCUGUACAACUAAAAUAGACCAAGUCAGAACAAGACAAUGAUGGGAUGUAUUUUUUUACUAAAGUAUUAUCAGUGGUACAUCACUUGGGGUUAUUUUUUCAGUAGUUAAAAUGUAAAGCAAUCAGAUAAAUGACCCAUUAGCUGUGAUCCUUCUCCUCUUGUUCUAUCGAUUGCCUUAGAUCAACAGUCUUAAUAUAUACUGUAUCGUGACUGCUUUAUUGUGCCUGAGUUUGGGGACUGUUGCAGGCACACACACACAUACACACACACACACACGCAUACAAAUAAAUAAACAGUGUGACACAGGGGCAGCACAUGACAGACAAACUAUCAGCGAGGUGUGUGUCUACCAGCGAACCCCUCUUGUUGCACCAUGAUAAAGGUUCAAUCUCACUGUCCUAGGAACAGUAUUUGUGUGUAUUUGUGUGUGUGUGUGUGUGUGUGUGUGUGUG